AUGAAAGCAUUCGAAAAUACAUUUAUUCGUGGUCCAUCGCCUUCUUAUUCGGACGAAGUAAACUCAGAACAUGGCACUCUACCAAUAGCAUCAUUCCCUAUUGAAGCUGAACAAGAUAAACCUGAAAAGGUAUUUUCAACUAAAAUGGAAACUUAUUAUGACGAUCGACGGGCCAAUGUAGGCGUAACAAAUAAACAAGUGGCUCACGGACGUAAUACAUUUGCAUUUUGGACUAUUGUAGUCAUUUUGCUCGUUUUGACUAUUGGUAAUCUGCUGUUAACAUUGUCUAUCAUUGGUGUUCUACGCUUGGGUAAGGGGAUAUAUGGCAUGGAAGUUAUACCAGAGGAAGAUGUCGUGAAGUUUUAUGGCGAAACCGAUUUGGAUAGAGUAUUCUCUAAAAAUGUUGGUCUAUUUGAGGGAUUUUUAGAUGAUCCCGUGACUAUCGAAGGAGACAAUGGCCCCGUGUAUGUGCGCAUGCAUCAUCGAAAUAGUCACAGUUCCAAUCGUUUGGCAGUGGAAAAAUCUGGAGUGCAGUUUCGGGGAAUAAACACAUUUGAAUUAAAAGAUCCCAUAAAUGGAGAAACGAUUUUUACCACCCACCGCCCACAUUACUCAAUUCCAAAUGGUGCUAAUGUUCUAAUAUCUAAGGUGAAUAGUGCUAGUCGCAUAGUCAGUCCAGUAGAUAAACAUCUGGUGGUAUCCUCCCUGGACAAUCGUUUGUCCAUACGUGGUUCGGAGGGUAUACAUGCAGAUGCUGCCGAUGUAUACAUGAAAGCAGAGCAAAAUAUUUUAUUCAACUCAACGCAGGGUGCAACAUAUUUGGAAGGAGGCUCAGAGGGAAUAUUUCUCGAUAUGGAUAAAAUACCAAUUGUAAAUACAGAAAUGGGAUUACGAGCUGGUAGUGUACAAUAUAAAAUAUGUGUUUGCAUGCCGCAGGGAAUCGUGUUUCGCAUAGAAAUACCCCAAGAUCAUAAUGGUUCCAAAAUAUCAUGUAUCCACUUCAGCUCAAAGCACGAUCCAUGCAGCCACAAUUAA